CCCUUUUCUCCUCUCUCUCUCUCUUCUCUUUCUCUCUCUAGAAGUGUGAAAAUGUUGGUUGGAGAAGAGUACUGAUUAUCAUCGUCGUCGUUGAAAUACCUCUCUUGUGUUGUUGAGUUUGUAGAAGUUGUGACUCUGUGGUCUCUGUAGAUAGCGCGAAACGCAGAGCUUUCUUUUUGGGUUUCUUGCUCUUUCUCUCUUUCUGGUUCAUAUUUAUCACAGACUCUCUCACCUUGGCUACCAUAAAGGUUCUAAUCUCCACAUACGCGUUCAUUGCUGCGCAAAACCCAGAUGGUGAAAUGCCCUUUUAUGAUAAACGGUGUGAUCUCUCUCGCUUAGCUCGCCACCGACUCACUAUUUUCAAUCGUCUUAUUCACCAAGUUGCCGUAUUCGAUAAUGGGUAUCGAGCUUUUGCUUCAUAGAAUCUCGUCUUCGUCGCCGGAACCACAAACGCCGAUUGCCUUUUUCAGCUCGUUACAAGGGUUUCCCAUUUUGGAGCUCGCUUCAAUUUGCAUCAAUCUCACACUACUUCUCGUUUUCCUAUUCAUCGUCUCCGCCAGGAAGAUUUUUGUCUGCGCGGGUCGAAUUCGGCUGCUUAAGGAUGAUUCGACUGCGAAUGGCAACCCAAUUCAGCGCAACAGUGGAGUCGACGGAGAAACUGGAGAUGUUACGAUCGGUACGGACUUCAAAAUCUCCGUUUCCUGCUGCUUCUUUGUGUUGUUUGUUCAGGUUGUGGUGCUAGGGUUUGAUGGGGUUGGUUUAAUAAGAGAGUCCGUGAAUGGAAAGCUUGUGAAUUGGUCUGUGAUUUGGUUACCGGCUGCACAAGGCUUAGCUUGGUUUGUCUUGAGCUUUUCAGCUCUGCAUUGUAAGUUCAAGGUGUCUGAGAAAUUCCCAUUGUUGCUAAGGGUAUGGUGGUCUCUGUCGUUUGUGGUAUGUUUAUGUACGUUAUACUUUGAUGCUAGAGGUUUUCUAAUCGAUGGCUCAAAACCGCUGCCUUCUCAUGCCGUGGCAAAUUUGGCCUCAACCCCAGCUCUAGCUUUUCUUUGCUUCGUUGCUAUUAGAGGUAGUACAGGCAUUCAAGUUUGCAGAAACUCUGAUCUUCAGCAGCCGUUGCUCAUGGAAGAAGAAGCAGGGUGUCUAAAGGUUACUCCGUACGGUGAUGCUGGGCUGUUUAGCUUGGCCACACUUUCAUGGCUGAAUCCUCUUCUGUCAAUUGGAGCAAAGAGACCGCUGGAGCUCAAGGACAUUCCCCUCCUUGCGCCAAAGGAUCGAGCCAAGACUAACUAUAAAGUUUUGAAUUCAAACUGGGAGAAACUGAAGGCUGAAAAUCCAUCAAAACAGCCAUCUUUAGCAUGGGCAAUUCUCAAAUCAUUUUGGAAAGAAGCAGCUUGCAAUGCCAUCUUCGCCGGCUUGAAUACUCUUGUUUCGUAUGUGGGUCCGUACAUGAUUAGCUAUUUCGUUGAUUACUUGGGAGGGAAAGAGACUGUUGCUCAUGAAGGGUACAUCCUUGCUGGAACGUUCUUUGCAGCAAAGCUGGUGGAGACCUUAACAACAAGGCAAUGGUAUCUUGGGGUGGAUAUUCUGGGAAUGCACGUCAGGUCAGCUCUGACAGCAAUGGUGUACCGAAAGGGGCUCAGACUCUCAAGCACUGCCAAGCAAAACCACACCAGCGGAGAGAUAGUGAACUACAUGGCAGUAGAUGUACAGAGGGUGGGGGACUACUCUUGGUAUCUCCAUGACAUAUGGAUGCUUCCAAUGCAAAUCAUUCUAGCUCUUGCAAUUUUGUACAAGAACGUGGGCAUUGCUUCUGUCGCUACAUUGAUUGCAACCAUUAUAUCCAUAGUUGUUACUGUUCCACUGGCCAAAGUACAGGAAGAAUAUCAAGACAAGUUGAUGACUGCCAAGGAUGAAAGGAUGAGAAAAACUUCCGAGUGUCUAAGAAACAUGAGGAUUCUCAAGUUGCAAGCUUGGGAGGAUAGGUACCGGUUGAAGUUAGAGGAGAUGCGAGGUGUGGAGUUCAAGUGGCUGCGCAGAGCGCUCUACUCGCAAGCUUUUAUUACAUUCAUCUUCUGGAGCUCUCCCAUAUUUGUUUCAGCUAUCACUUUCGGUACUGCCAUAUUGUUAGGUGGUCAGCUGACUGCUGGUGGUGUCCUUUCUGCUCUGGCCACUUUCAGGAUACUUCAAGAACCACUUAGGAAUUUUCCUGAUUUGGUGUCAAUGAUGGCUCAGACAAAAGUUUCUCUUGAUCGAAUUUCUGGGUUCCUACAGGAAGAAGAAUUGCAGGAAAAUGCAACCAUUACCCUUCCCCGAGGUAUGACAAACACCACCAUAGAAAUUAAAGAUGGCAUGUUCAGUUGGGAUCCUAUCUCUUCGAGGCCAACAUUAUCAGGAAUACAAAUGAAAGUAGAGAGAGGAAUGCGUGUGGCUGUAUGUGGAAUGGUGGGCUCUGGGAAAUCAAGCUUUCUUUCUUGUAUCCUCGGAGAAAUCCCAAAAAUCUCUGGCGAAGUAAAAAUAUGUGGCAGUGCUGCCUAUGUUCCUCAGUCUGCAUGGAUACAGUCUGGAAAUAUAGAGGAGAAUAUUCUUUUUGGCAGCCCAAUGGAGAAACCAAAAUACAAGAAUGUUCUCCAUGCUUGUUCAUUAAAAAAAGAUCUUGAACUUUUUUCACAUGGAGAUCAGACCAUAAUUGGUGAUAGGGGUAUAAAUUUGAGUGGUGGUCAGAAGCAACGGGUGCAGCUUGCUAGAGCACUCUAUCAAGAUGCUGACAUUUAUUUACUUGAUGAUCCCUUUAGUGCAGUUGAUGCACACACUGGCUCAGACUUGUUUAAGGAAUAUAUUUUGACAGCAUUAGCAGAUAAAACUGUUAUUUUUGUGACUCAUCAAGUUGAAUUUCUGCCUGCUGCUGAUUUGAUCCUGGUUCUUAAAGAAGGGCGCAUCAUACAGGCAGGAAAGUAUGAUGAUCUUCUACAAGCAGGAACAGAUUUUAACACAUUGGUCUGUGCUCAUCACGACGCAAUUGAAGCCAUGGAUAUCCCAAAUCACUCAUCAGAGGAUUCAGAUGAAAAUGUGUCUCAAAAUGCAUCUAUUUCAGAUGGUAAAAAACUUGAUCCAGACGGAAGUAGCAUUGACAAUUUGGCAAAGGAAGUCCAAGAGGGUGUAUCUGCUGCUGAGCAGAAAGCAAUUAAAGAGAAAAAGAAAGCAAAACGCUCUAGAAAAAAGCAGCUUGUGCAGGAAGAGGAGAGAGUUAGAGGAAGAGUUAGCAUGAAGGUCUAUCUGUCGUACAUGGCUGCAGCAUAUAAAGGGUUAUUGAUUCCACUUAUAAUUAUUGCCCAAACGUUGUUUCAGUUCCUUCAGAUUGCCAGUAAUUGGUGGAUGGCAUGGGCAAAUCCUCAAACAGAAGGAGACAAUCCUAAAGUGAGUCCUAUGGUACUUAUUCUUGUAUACAUGGCGCUCGCUUUUGGGAGCUCCUGGUUUAUAUUUGUUAGAGCUGUUCUGGUAGCUACAUUUGGUCUAGCAGCUGCGCAAAAAUUGUUUCUGCAGAUGCUUAGAAGCGUAUUUAGAGCACCGAUGUCUUUCUUUGACUCUACUCCUGCUGGAAGAAUCUUGAAUCGUGUGUCUAUUGACCAAAGUGUAGUGGAUCUUGAUAUUCCUUUUAGACUUGGUGGGUUUGCUUCUACUACUAUACAACUUAUUGGCAUCGUUGGUGUAAUGACAACAGUUACUUGGCAAGUUUUGCUUCUUGUCAUUCCUAUGGCUAUUGCUUGCCUUUGGAUGCAGAAAUACUACAUGGCUUCAUCAAGGGAGCUGGUUCGCAUUGUUAGCAUCCAGAAAUCUCCAGUAUUCCAUCUUUUCGGUGAGUCAAUUGCUGGAGCAGCAACAAUACGAGGCUUCGGACAAGAAAAAAGAUUCGUGAAGAGGAACCUUUAUCUUCUUGAUUGUUUUGCUCGUCCAUUCUUCUGCAGUCUUGCUGCUAUAGAAUGGUUAUGCCUGCGCAUGGAACUACUCUCCACCUUUGUCUUUGCUUUCUGCAUGAUUUUGCUCGUGAGCUUUCCUCAAGGAACUAUCGAUCCAAGCAUGGCAGGUCUUGCUGUUACUUAUGGCCUUAAUUUAAAUGCACGACUCUCGCGUUGGAUACUUAGCUUUUGCAAGCUUGAAAAUAAAAUUAUUUCGAUAGAAAGAAUAUACCAAUACAGUCAAAUUCCAGGAGAAGCUCCACCAAUUAUUGAGGAUUCUCGUCCUCCAACUUCGUGGCCAGAGAAUGGAACGAUUGAUCUGAUUGAUUUAAAGGUUCGUUACAAGGAGAACCUUCCUGUGGUGCUUCAUGGUGUAAGCUGCAAUUUCCCUGGUGGAAAGAAGAUCGGAAUUGUUGGACGAACGGGAAGUGGUAAAUCUACUUUGAUUCAGGCAUUAUUUCGACUGCUCGAACCAGAAUGUGGGAAGAUCAUAAUAGACGGUAUUGAUAUUUCUAAAAUUGGGCUGCAUGAUCUUCGUAGUCGUCUUGGCAUCAUACCCCAGGAUCCUACCUUGUUUGAAGGGACUAUUAGGAACAAUCUCGAUCCCCUUGAAGAGCAUUCAGAUCAUGAAAUUUGGCAGGCGCUCGACAAAUCCCAGUUAGGAGACAUAAUCCGCGAGAAAGAGCAUAAACUCGAUUCACCAGUGCUCGAAAAUGGAGAUAACUGGAGUGUAGGACAGCGACAACUAGUUUCCCUAGGCCGUGCUCUGCUUAAACAGGCAAAGAUACUGGUGCUUGAUGAGGCAACAGCAUCAGUUGACACGGCCACGGAUAAUCUGAUACAGAAAAUUUUACGAACAGAGUUUAAGGAUUGCACCGUAUGCACCAUUGCACAUCGUAUCCCAACUGUUAUCGACAGUGAUCUUGUUCUGGUUCUCAGUGAUGGUCGAGUUGCAGAGUUUGAUACUCCUAUCAAACUACUAGAGGAUAAGUCAUCCAUGUUUCUGAAAUUGGUAACCGAAUAUUCAUCACGUUCGAGUGGCAUGCCAGAUUUUUAGAAUAAAUGGCAUGUCAAAUCGCCAGCAAACCGAAGGCCGGGGGUUUGAGCAGAGCAACCAAUCGUUAUCAGACGUGGCUGCAGCUGCAUUCGGCAAGUUGAAAGACAAACGGGGAAGGACAAAGGUGUGUGUCCUGUUAUGAAAAGAAAAUCCCAUUGAAUAAUUAGUUUCUACUUCCGAAAUGAAGAGGGGUAAAUUCAUCCCUAGUAGAAACUUUGAGUUCAUUCAAGGUUGGUAUACUUUUCUUUUUCCUUUUUCUUUAUAAAACGGGUAAAUAAGAUGGGUUGGUGGAGGUUGGUAAUAAAGCCACAGGAGAGAGAGAAAGAGAGCUGUUUUGUCAAAUAAUGUAGUGUUUAGGUUGAUGCAAGAAGUUCUUAUUCAGUUAGGAGUACUUGUAGAGCUGAAAUUAGUCAAGAAAAACUCAAAUGGUUUGUUCUGCAGUUUCUAGUUUUAGAGACUUUGCUCCCUUCUUGUUAGGCCUUUUUUUUUUCUUUUUUUCUUUUUUAACCUUCAUGGAAUAAUAAACUUCUUUGUAAGCUCAAUUGUAAAGAGACUUUACCUCUACCCUUAAUCCACAUCCCCAUGUUUUCAUUCAUGGGGAAAUUUUUGUAGGAA